UAGACACAUUUCAGAAUAACCGAUGCACAGACAGCUGUCUCGCUCUCUCUCCCCUUCUUUACUUUUCUUUUACAUUGACUUCUUUCGUUGACUUUUUUCACACCCUCUCUCACUCCUUUUCUCCUUUUGUGGUUCUAUCUGUUUUUCAUGCGCAUCUUUUUAAUAAUCUGUGACAUAAGAAACUCUCCUGUUGAGAAAUUAUUAACCACAGGAGGACAGAGACUUCCAACAGUGCCAACUACAAGACACGCAUCUCAGGAUAGCACAACAUCAACACAUCCAACAACAAAGAAAGAGGACGUUUUGAACAGCGUGACCAACUUCAAAAGUCUGAGGAUUACUGAGAGAAAGAGACGGGCACAAAACAGCAGACUUGAAAGAACUAGAUCAUGCCGGGCUGUCAGAUCUGGUCCGGGUUUGUGCCGGUGAAGCUGGUCGGUUUCUUGCUGCUGCUGGCAUCUGGUUCAGGGAAUGCACGCUUGAUUGUAAAGAGGGGACUUAACCACAAGGACUACGAGUACCCCAACCAUCCCCAGACGACUCAGCACCAGAAAAAUGACCGCUGCCCUCCACCACCCCAGAUGCUGCCCGAACGGGCCUGUGAGGUUCCAGGCUGUCGUUCAGAUUCAGAGUGCGAGAGACACAAACGGUGCUGUUACAAUGGCUGCAUCUACGCCUGCUUAGAGUCAGUGCAGCCUCCACCUGUGCUGGACUGGUUGGUGCAGCCCAAGCCGCGGUGGUUGGGAGGGAACGGCUGGCUUUUAGAUGGACCAGAGGAAGUUCUGCAGGCUGAGGCUUGCAGCACCACCGAGGAUGGAGAUGAACCUUUGCUUUGUCCCACUGGUUAUGAGUGUCACAUCAUCAGCCCGGGAAAGCCCUCUGCUGGGAUCCCCAACCGAGGCCAGUGCAUCAAACAGAGAGGAAACUCAGAUGGACGUAGCCUGAGACUCAAGUACUUCAAAGAUUACAAGGAUGAUUUAGGAAGUAACUCCAACAAUGCAGUGAGCUAUGAGAAACAACACAAGCAUUUGGGCUUAAUCUGAGGACUGAAUGUGGAUUCCGUUUAAGAGGACUAUAGUAACCAAUAACCACUGACCUUUAUACCUGGACAUUACCACAGUGAAGCUGAACAAUUGUUUUCCUGAGUGGUUCAAAUGUGGUGCUUUUUUAGGUGCUUAAUAUGGAAUGACAGAAUUGUAAAGCUACCUCUUGCAAAAGCCAAAACAUACCACAAGAAGUAUCAAAGGCCUAAUAUAAUAUAUUUGUAUGUAACAAACUGGCACUUCACUGGUCAUUGCAUUAUAUAAUGUUAAAACAGGGGGUAACAGACUUAAACCCACAAAUUAUAAACAGUGGAAUAAAAGUGCAAAAAUGGUACUUUGAAGUAUAAGAAAAUGAAAGAAAAAACAAGCUUCAUUAAGCAUCACUUUUUUGUGCAUUCGUCUUAGUUUAAAAUACAUUUAUAAGCAAAUGAAAUUUAUACAUUUUUAAGGAAGUAGGCCCAUUUACAAAUUCUUUAUUUUUAUAUGUAAGGUACAAAUCAUUUUUAAGCCACUGUAAAAUAGCAGGAACUUCCACCAAUGACCAGAGCUGUGAGAUGCUCCCUUUAAGAGCUGCACGUCUUUAAAUCUCAAUACCAAAAAUUUUACCUUUUAGUUACUUAAAUACAAUUUUUUUUGCAAUAUUCUAUGCUGUACAAUGCAAACCCCCCAGUCUGGAAUAAGAAUUUAAUUUGGGGAAAAACUGCCUUAAUAAGCAAGUUACACACCAGCUCCUUGUGCUGUUCAUCACUGUGAAGUGUUUCAUAUGGUGCUCGAAUCAAUAACCAUAUAAGUUAUUUACCAAGUCAAUACUAAUCCAGUCGUACUCAAUUUCUCUCUGAUAACAAGUCUACCAGCCUUCAAAAAAUCAUAACUCAAUUAUUUGAGCCAAAUACACUGUCCAAACUGGUGCUGACAUGCCUUAUAAUUCUAAAUAAAACA